GCACAUGGUCGUUUUCAGGGUGCUUCGUUUACAGCCCAGCUGACGAGGCGGUGGAAGCUGUUGCUCUUUGGACUAGUCGAGUGUCGUUCUUGCUGAACGUGAUCACGCUUCCCACCUUCGCUGAGAUUGGAAUCGGGUUGGUCCGGCGAGCCAGUUAGUGGAGCUAAUCUGCGGGCUAGUUCGUGGUUUCCACCACCUUGUCAGCCGAGUGGGAAGCGACAGUUGCCUUCCGCCGUGCUUUGACUGCGCGUGCACGCUCCAAGCUCACGAGACGGGACAAAAAAACUUCGUCGUUCUCAUCCUGCCAGUGGUGUCCCUUGACGGACUUUGGUUCUCGACUGGGCGCCAGCCUAGCACACCGGAAGCAGUCGGAAAGUUGUUCAUUUCCAAUGUAAAUGCCACCCCCAUCGACGAGCCUGGUGCCCCAAGGUGCUCGGUGUCCGACUAACAAUGUGCAUGUGAAUGGGCAGAGUUCCUGACCAUCUCGGCAGGCAUGGACUUGGAGUGCCACGAGGAGGCACCCAUGGUGGUGAUAAACCACCAUGUGGGCACUGAAAGCCAAGGGGGCAGCGUGGCUCUCUCCGAGGAGGUGCGCCGUCUCCUGGAGUCUUCAGAUCCCGACAGACCGACGGUGGUGUUGGUGCAGUCGCCGCCGUCUCCUCUUCCCUGGGCGGGCGACGUGGUGGCCCCCCCCGUCGAGGCGGGUUCACCCCCGGGUGGGCGGCCGGACCACAUGCGCUUCAGGUGCAGCAGCAUCUGGGUGGGCUCCCACAAGUCGGCGGCGGGACGCUACUGGGUGACGGUCACCGGGGCGGGCUUCGAGUUUCCCAUGCGCACGGUGUACAGUGAGUGGAGGGAAGUGAGCCUCAGCCUGGGCGUGGCGGACGUGACGGAGGUGCUGGGCCACCUGUCGUGCGACAUGGCCGUGCUCUACGUGACCACCACCCCCGAGUGUGCAUGCUCGCUCAGAGAGAAGCUGGGCACGUCGCACAACGUGCCGCACUACUUUGACCCCGGCAGCACGGACGAACGGUAUCAGAGGAUAGCAUUCCUGCCAGACCCAGCGCUGACGAACCAACAGAAGUACUUCCUCCAGAGGAUCUUCCCGGCCCGCCUGCUGAAGGAGAUUGACCAGAAGUCGGCCCUCAAGAUCCUCGCCAUGUCCGCCUCUGGGACUCCCCCGCUGCCCUCAACUCCCUGCUCGCCCAUGAGGUUAUCCCCGCAGGUGCCCCCACUUUUCCGCCCACCUUUGAUGGUGCCUUUGCAGGGGUUUGUGACUCCCGCCAGUCCGUCGCUGGUGGUGCUGAGGUCGCAGUUGCAGCCGGCGUCCGCUCCCUGUGCGACCGGCGGCGCGGCCCCUUCUGCCAACCCUGAGGGCCCGGGCGAGGCGGUGGAGAGCAUGGUUUUCGGGUGCCGCACCAUCCGGGUGGGCUCUCACCAGCUGGCGGGGAGACACCGCUGGGUCACGGCCACCAAGGCGGGCUUCGAGUUCACCCUGCAUACGGUGCGAAACGAGUGGGAGGAGGUGAACCUGAGGCUGGGCGUGAGGGACAUGACGGAGGUGCUGGGCUACCUGUCGCGCAACAUGCCGGUGCUCUACGUGAGAACCACUCACGAGUGUGGGUGCUUCCUCAGGGAGAUGCUGGGCAUGUCACCCGGCAUGCCCCGCUACUUCGACUCCUGUGGCACGAACGAACGGCACAAGUGGAUAACGUUCCUGCCCGACCCGGCAUUGACGGACGAGCAGAAACGCUUCCUGCGGAUGGUCUUCCCGGCCGCCUUGAUGGUUGAGAUCGACCAGAGGACGGCGAACAAGAUCCUUGUCGAGUCCUCCCUGAUUGCCACGGACUCGUUGCCCCCUGCCAGACUUUCGGUGGCGGUGCCACGUCCGUGGUUGCCUCCAGUUUCCACGAGCGUGGCGGUGUGCCCUCCCCACACGGUGUGCAGUGCCAGAGCGGCCCCGUCGGGGCAACCCUGGGGGCUGCCGGGCGGGCGGUCGGACGGCAUGCGGUUCAGGUGCUACAGCAUCCGGGUGGGCUCCCGCCAGCUGGCCACGGGGGACCACUGGGUGACGGUCACCGAGGGGGGCUUCCAGUUCUCCCUGCUCACGGCGCAGAACGAGGAGGUGAGCCUAAGCAGGACGGACGUGACCAGGGUGCUGGGCCACCUGGCGGACAAGAUGCCCGUGCUGCACGUCACCACCACCCCCGAGUGCGGACGCCAUCUCGGGGACAAGCUGGGUGCCUGGUGCAACGUGGCCUGCCCGUCGGACUACAAGUGGUACGAGAAGAUAACGUUCCUGCCCGACCCGGCGUUGACAGACGAGCAGAAAGGCUUCCUGCGGACGGUCUUCCCUGCCGAUCUGCUGGCCGAGAUUGACCAGACGUCAGCCCUUGGAAUCAUCACCAACUCCUCUCUGGCUCCCAUGGUGCUUCCACAUGGUCAUUUGGAACAACAAGGAGCCCAAGAAGCUGCUGUCCGCUCUAACCAUCAUGCAGGGAGCAGUCUUUCCCAACAUUCAGGCUGUACUAUUGCAAAAGUCAAAGAAGAGCGCAUGAGCCCCACUGCAACGACACCAGUCGCUGAGCUGGACCCUCCACAAAAAAAAAGCAAACGAUGAACUCUUUAUGAGCAUUUAGCAUGAACAUCUCUGUACAAACAAUUUCAAUAAAAUAGGUCCCAGAAAA